AUGGAGAACGCGGCCUCUCGCUUCGGCCAGCACCUCGCGCACACUGAGAAAAAGUACCGUGACCGGGCGCUGAAGAAGCUGACCGUCUACUUGACGGCCAAACGAGAGUGGAGUGAGCUGGAAUGGGACAAGCUCUGGAAAGCGCUCUUCUACUGCAUGUGGAUGAGUGACAAGCGGCCGGUGCAGGAAGAGCUGUCGUCGAAUUUGGCUGCGCUGGUGCACCGCAUGCCGUCCACCGACGCGGCACUGCAGUUUUUUGUGCGCGAGACAGUCGCGCUAUUGCGCGCGCAACAGUGGGACAAGACAUGGCUUUGCGCGUUUGUCACGAUGUUGUCGACGGAGAUUGUGAGCCAAUUGCCCAAUGGACUGCGGCUGCACUUGGCCGAUGUGUACUUGGCGGAGAUUUACACUGCAAGCGGCAACGACAUCACGACAGAGGCGUUUGUGACGUUGCUCGAGCCGUUCUAUACGCUGUUGAGCAGCGAGUACGACAAGAUGGUGUUCAAGCGCGUGCGGGAGUCGGUGUUUGAGGAUUUGUUGACCAAGUACAAGUGCAGACCGGAGUUGAAGAAGGAGAAGGAUGACGAUCGAGAAGAGACGGACGAAGAAGAGGGCGACGACGACGAGAUAAAGACAUUUGGGCACGUGGAUGUAGCCAAGGUGCAGCACCGCAUCUUUGUCAUUGCGUCAGCGGACGAAACGGCCGAACGCAACCGGCCAGCGCUUUACACGCUGUACAAAAAGUUUUUUUCUGCCACGCAAGUCGACUCGUUUCAGGUUGCCCAGGAAGAGGCUAGCCAGUCCAAGAAGAGCGUGAGUAAAGGAAAGAAAGAAGAGGCAGUAAAACCUCAUGUACUGGGAAAUACGAAUGAGAAUUUGGAGAUCGAGAAAACAGGUGGUGAGGACCGGAAGAAAGCAAAAAAGUCCAGGAAGCGAAAGACGAAAGAGGAGGCCGAGGCGGAUGCUGAUGCCAAGACUGUGGUCAAGGCCAGGGUCAAGCAACUUGAAGUUGCGGAAAGUGGUGAGACGCAAGACGAGCUCUCAGCGACGAAGGUCAAGAAGCAAAAGUACACCACUGAAGUGAAGGUGGAGGAAAAAGCAGUGGAUUCCCCUCGGGAAGGCACGAAGCAGAAGCAUGCUGCAGAAGUGAAGGUCGAGGAUGCUCCAACGGCUACUGCUACUGGAAAGAGUAAGAAGAGGCAGACAAAGCAGGAAGCGAAGAAAGCGGAGAACAAGAUUGUGGCGGAGGAACCUGUUAUUAUUGCACGAGGCAAGUCGUUGAAGGACGAAACCAAGGAAAAGAGUGGGAAGAAGGAGGAGGUGUUCGUCACAAAGAGCGGUAAGAAGCUUAGGCGGUGCGGUUCGUGUGGCGGUUUUGGCAAGGACUUGGUGCCAAAGGACAAGGUCAGGUGUGGCCACUGCGAACGUACGCAAAAGACAGGAAGGAAAAAGGCAGCUUUGGCUUUGAAAAAGCGGAAGGUCGAGUCACAAGCAUGGGUUGCACGAGAAGAGCAAGAGAAGGUGGAGUUGAGUAAGAAGGUGACAUUUGGCAAGAGCAAGGUACUGCGACACGAAGUCUCGAUUAAGAGGCUAAAGGCUUCAGCGAAGCGUGAUGUCGUGUCGAAGGAUAUGGAUGAGGUCAAGAGCGUGUUGAAGGUGACAAUCCCGUCGCCAGUUGCAUCGAAGAAGUUGAAAAAGACGAGCACGAGCACGAGUCGAAAGACGGCUGCGCAUUUCUUUUGA